AAGAAACUAUAGUGAUGGCGAUGGAGCCGGAAUGAAAGGCAGGACGAUGGGAGAGACUGUGGGAUUUCUCCGGAGCGCAGUUUGAUCUGGGACCACAAGGCAUCAAGUCUGGAAAAGAGAGAAAAAAAGAAAAAAGAAAGUUGCAAAUGCUCGAAGAGGACGCGGCGUCUGAAGCGUGGAAAAGUUUCCUGAAGAGGGAAAAAAACCUUCCAGGAUGGGGGACUUUUGCGCAAUGACACGCACAUAGAAGGAAAAAAACCCUAAAGUUUCUGGAACAUCUCCGCGCAGCUCUUGACUUGAAGACGCACCGAACGGAGAAGUCUGCGCGUCCGCCGGAGGGAGACCGGACCGCGCACCGCGAUGGGGGCCGCGCCGGGCCCGGGCUGGGAGGACGGCGAGUUCGAGUUCAAGCUGGUGUUCGAGGAGGACCCGAGCCCGGGGCCGUCCCCGGUGCGCAUGGCCGAGCCGGACAACCCGGCCACCGGCGAGGACGGCGAGAGCGCGCCGCCGCACCGGGACCCCGUCACAGACAGCCACCUGGCCUCCAGUCAUGCCGGUCAGUCGAUCAGCAUCCCCAGCCCGCCGCCGCCGUCCAGCCAGCGAGCGGGGAUGCACUCCCCCCCGCCCCGGAGAGCCGCCGUCAGGGAGUUCAGCGGGACCUACGAGAGCUUGCCGGCGCGCUCUGUGCAGGUUUCGGAGUCUCGUGUCGUGGAGUGCCCCAGCAUUCAGAUAACCACCAUCUCCCCCGAAGACAACCAAGCCACCUCCGUCUCCAGCUACUGGGACAUGGGCGGCGGCAGCGGCGGGUGGGACCGGGAGCGCCUUUACCUCCCUCUGCUGGACGCCUUCAGCUAUCGAGACAAAUGCCCCAGCUCGCUCAGCCCCAGCCCCGCCUCCAGCCCCUCCUCCCGCGGCUGGCUCAGCCCCGCCUCCAGCUGCGACUCCCUGCUGGUGGAGGAGGAGGAGCUCAGCGAAGCCACCAUCGCUUUUGGGCUGUCGCCGUCGUCGUCGAGGCCCACCUCGCCCUGGGGCAAGAAGCGCAGGAACUCCCCGCUGGCCUCGCCUUGUGCCUCACGAAGGGGCAGCUAUUCAGAGGAGCUUCAGGGGUGUAGCGUGGAGGGUGGAGACUCCGCCUCCCAGUCGCAGGCCCCACCCAAUAGCUGUGAACUCAGCAUCCCGCAGAAAACAAGGAAGACGUCGCUGGAGCAGUUGUCUCCGAGGGAGGUGGAUCAGGAGCUGGCUCCGAGCCAGAGCGCUCCCUGCCCGCCGCCGGAGACCCAGCAGCCCCGGAGAGAGCCGCCGCCCAUGGGCAUGGACUACCUGUCUGUGCCCCCGGCGCUGGCGUGGGGCAGAACCCGAGCCAGCGCCCACAGCCCCCUCUUCAGAUCUAACGCUCUCCCGCCGCUGGACUGGCCGCUGCCCACCCAGUUCGACCAGUACGAGCUGCGUAUCGAGGUGCAGCCUCGGCCGCACCACCGGGCCCACUACGAGACGGAGGGCAGCAGGGGAGCGGUGAAAGCCGCCCCGACGGGGCAUCCCGUCGUCAAGCUGUGCGGAUACUCGGAGAGGAAGCCACUCUCUCUCCAGGUUUUUGUUGGGACCGCAGACGACCGGUCAAUUAGACCUCAUCCCUUCUAUCAGAUACACAGGGUGACGGGGAAGAUGGUGGGCACUGCCAGUCAUGAGAGCGUCCAGGCAGGGACCAAAGUGCUGGACAUCCCCCUCAACCCCGAGAACAACAUGACGGCCCUCAUCGACUGUGCCGGAAUUCUGAAGCUGAGAAACUCUGACAUCGAGCUGAGGAAAGGAGAGACGGACGUCGGCCGGAAGAACACCCGGGUCCGCCUGGUGUUCCGUACCCACCUCCCUCUAGCGCCCCCUGUAGCCCCUCCUGGACGCGUUUUGGCCCUGCAGGUUGCCUCUCUGCCCAUUGAGUGUUCCCAGCGCUCGGCCCAGGAGCUGCCCGUCAUCGAGUCCGUCAGCCUCACCUCCUGCUCGGUGGAGGGGGGAGAGGAGCUGCUGCUCAGCGGCACCAACUUCCUGCCAAUAUCCAGGGUCCUCUUCAUGGAGCGAGGCACAGACGGUAAGCUGCAGUGGGAGGAGGAGGCUCACGUGGACCGAGACAACAGCAACGAGUGUCUGCUGUGUGUGAGGGUGCCGGCCUACAGCGACCUGUCCGUCAGCCGGCCGGUGCCGGUCAGCCUGUACGUCUCCAACGGGAAACGGAAGCGGAGCAGCACUCACUGCUUCAAGUAUCUCCCCGUUCUGUUUAAAGAAGAGGACCCCCUGCUGUCCAGGCCCUCGGUGCUGCCUCUGGACGGGGGUCCCGUGUGCCCGGUGGGGGGUCCGCCCCGGAUGGACCGAGGCUUCCACGCCAGGACCGACCCCAUGUCUGAGGAGCGGGGCCUGGGCUUCCACCUGCCCCCCUACCCCCCCGCCUACUCCCCUCCGGUCCCGGCCAUGAGCUACCCCGAGGAGUACUGCCCCAAGCCCGACGCGGCGGCGGAGGAGGCGGGCGGGUCCAGGGCGCCGCUGUCCGAGCGCCACCCCAGCUUCGAGAACCUGGAGCUGGGCUUCACGGAGCUGCUGCCCCCCCUGUACCCCCGCGGCCCGCAGCCCCCCUCCCCCUCCCCCUCCCCGUGGCUGGACUCGCCCUACCUGUCCUCGUCGCCCUCCCCGUCACACUCGUCCUCUCUCAGCCCCUUCCCCGCAGGAAGUCCCAUCUCGUCCUCCCCGCUGCCCCCCAUGCUGGCCCCCCCUUACCCGCCCUACUCCGCUUACUCUCAGGAGGCGUGUCCGUCCCCUCCGUCCAGCUCCGGCACUUAUCAGGACAUCUGCCCGGCACCCUACCCCCACUACGAGGGCUGGGACCCCCAGGGGAGGGUGCUGGGGAUGGGACACGGGGGCGAGGGCGACGGGAAGGUCCAGGAGUGUCCGCUGGAGUUUUCCAGCUCCGCCUCAAUGCACCACAUCACCUUCGAAGAAGUAUCAGAGUUUAUCGGGGAGGACAUCCAGUCCUACCAGCUAGCCUCACAGAUGGACAACCAGCCCAACUGAGCUCGGAGCGACCCCCGACCCCCGUUUGGCCUUCAGCAGUCGUUUUAACCCCCCCGUGCACCUGGUAUUGAUACGAGGCGGCGCUGCCAUUACAUGUAACAUUACAGGGAAGUCUGGUUACCGAGACACUGUAAUUAUGACCACAGGUAACAACUGUUUUAUAAAAGCAAACUCAUGUUUUCAACAUGUUUUCCAUAUAAAUUAUAGAACAAACUGCCAGUUUGGUGUGUUCCAUGAUUUUUUUUAUUUGCAAAACACAAACUAAACAUUGCUUUUAGAAGAAUUCUGAAAAUGAAUAUGAUUAAAUCUGACAGAAAUCUUUAAUUGUGACAGUUACCCAUGAGUCAAUACAUUUAUAAUACAGUCCGAUAUCAUUGACUCCCAGUCUUUAAAUGCUGAACCUUAUUUGACUCACCUAUUGUUAAAACAUUAAAAAAGUUAAACCCCUUAAAAUCGAGAGGUCUGCCAAGUCAACACAUUUAAUUCUGUCUUUUCAUUCCACUUUAUUACCUUAAAUAACUUCUCAACAAAUCUGAAGUAGCUGUGGGGAGAUAUGAUACUGUUACAGAUACAAGAUAUCAACACUAAAUUAAAGAACAUUACCCUUAAAACUAGUGAAAUUAUCUGUUCACGCAGCAAGUAAAUUUUACUUAAAAAGCGAUCUUGAUAUAACAAUUUUAAAUCAAGAAAAUCAAGUCUCUCUAUCUAAAAUUUGUCUUAAAUCACGUGGGAUGGGACAUUUUGACUGAAAACAAGACGAAUGAACUUUUUUUUUGCGGUGUCUUCAGUAGAUUCUGGCUGGUGUGAAGCACUGAGACAAAAACAUAGAAAGGAGUGUAAGUUUACCCCCUCGGUGGGGAGUGUGAGCCGGCUGUUUGAAAGCUUUCUAAGAGGAACUGUUUGUUUCUGUGUCGAGGCGCGAGGCGCGGCGACACCGAGCAGGGAGGCGCUGCGGGCCUCGGCUCCGCCGGGUUUUAAAUCACCCGCUGUUUGGGACGUUACUCAUUCUGCUGCAGAACUUCACGGGUCUUUUCUCCUGCGUUUGUACUUUCUCCUCGACGGCACUCUGACAAAAACUCUGUAAUUACUUGAAUGCAGCAAAACGCAAUAAAAGGGAAACCGGCCUCACAAAAAAGACUG